GUACACACUAAGCGUUGCUUCGGAAAUUUCUAAAUAAUAACUAAGUGUUUUUUAUUAUGUCAAGCAAACGCUCUCAAAAAAAAUCGGAAGAUUUACAAGACUAAUUCUAACUAAAAAUUAUUUUUGUUUAUAAACCUGGAAAGUGUAUCGGUUAAAUACAAAAUAAAUCGCCUUUUAAGUUUUCCCAUAUUAUUGGAAACUUAGUUACAAAAGAGCUGAGAAUGUAAUUGUUUAAAAUGUUAUUGAGAAUUAAUGCUCAAAAUCCACUUAAAGUUGACCGGGAACUUAUACACAAAAACAAUAAAUAUGAUGCGAAAGGGCUUGUAUUGUGCGGACUUAUUUUAUAUGUUUUAUGGACUGUGCGUUAUUACCAUACUCAGUUCGCUACAUCAUUCAGUAAACGGCACCAAAGAAAUGCCGGCUCAGAUAUCUUCUCCCUCAAAUGAUAUUGUCGCCCAGUUUAACCUGCCUUCAAUAUCGGUUCAAUCGUCAGCAUCCAACUAUGGAAAUCGCUCAAAAGGAUAUAAUAUUGAAAACGUUGAUGAUUCUCAAUCUAAGAACUAUUUUACGCAUCUGAGCUUCGAUUUUAUGAACAAUGUCUUGUUUGCUGGUGCCACAAAUAAAAUACUUAAACUUAACGAAAACCUUCGUGUGCUGUCUGAGGCUGUUACUGGACCCGUUAAUGAUUCACCACAAUGCCAUGCAGGAGGAUGCCCGGAGGACAUAGAGACAUCGCUGGUCAACAAUUACAAUAAAAUUCUCGUAGUAAGCUACGCUCACGAUGGCAUUCUUAUAUCGUGUGGAAGCAUUCGACAAGGAGCCUGCGAAAUUUACAGCCUGCCACGGUUUCCAUCAACGCCUCAAUUUGUCGCAGUUCCAUUAGCUGCAAAUGAUGAAAAUGCAUCCACAUAUGCAUUUGUAGGUCCUGCACGAUAUUCAUGGAAAGAAGAGGAUAUUUUAUAUGUGGGAACCACGUUCACGAACGUUGGUGAUUAUCGCCAUGACGUACCUGCCAUUUCGUCCCGUCGCCUUGAUGAUUUAAACUACGCAGAGUUUUCAAUACAGCAGUCAAUUAUAAAUAUCGAUGUCAAAUAUCGGGAUCAUUUCUUGGUAGAUUAUGUUUAUGGCUUUAACUCUUCUGAAUAUGCGUACUUUAUUAUUGUUCAAAAAAAAUCGCAUUUAGCUGAUGAGGCAGGUUAUGUAACCCGUUUGGCUCGUAUAUGUAUUACAGAUCCCAAUUAUGACAGUUAUACUGAAAUAACAGUUCAAUGUACGGCAACUGAAAACCAUAUUGACUACAAUAUACUACGCGAUGCCAAAAUAACUCCUGCGAGCCAAAAAUUAGCUCAGAAAAUGGGCAUAAAAAAGGAUGAUCACGUGUUAGUAACUGUUUUUUCGCCCUCGAAAGAGAUAAGCAAUCAGCCAGAAAGCAAAUCAGCUAUGUGCAUAUAUAGCAUAAAAGAUAUUGAGGACAUGUUUAUUGAAAAUAUCCAUCUGUGCUUUAACGGAACCAUAAAGGAUCGAAAUUUGGGUUAUAUAUCGGGCACUAUUAAUGACGGCAGGUGCCCAAUAGUUGGCUCGCUCGGUAACAUAUACAACUUUUGUUCUGUAGGACUUAAGAUAAGCGGAGUGUCCCCUAUUACAACACAGGCUCUCUUUCAUUUUGAUAAUGUGUCAGUUACGUCAGUGACUGCAACUUCAACGACUGAUCAACAGCAUUCCCUUGCUUUUCUUGGAACAGACAAUGGAGUGAUAAAAAAAGUUUUAUUAUCUGGUCAAAGUCCUGGUGAGUACGAAGAAAUAGUCGUGGACGCUGGAAAUCGGAUACUACCUAACACUAUGAUGUCGCCCAAAAAAGAUUUCCUUUACGUUCUAUCUCAGCGUAAAAUAACUAAACUCCGAAUCGAGCACUGUUCUGUAUACACAAAUUGUUCAGCUUGCUUGGAGUCUCGAGAUCCUUUCUGUGGAUGGUGUUCCUUGGAAAAACGGUGCACUGUGCGGUCAACUUGUCAGCGAGAUACGUCAGCAUCGCGAUGGCUUUCAUUGGGCAGUGGACAGCAGUGCAUUGAGUUUGAAUCUAUUAUCCCGGAGAAAAUACCAAUUACUGAUCUAACACACCUGCACUUAAUAAUUCGAACGCUGCCCGAACCUUUUAAUGCAAAAUAUCGAUGUGUCUUCGGAAACUCUACCCCUAUUGAUGCCGAAAUCCUGGAAAAUGGACUUGGAUGUGCUACGCCCCCACUAGAUGAAAGACCAGUAAUACCAACUAAUACAGACCAUGUUUUGGUGCCACUGUCCGUAAGAAGUUCGGAGACAAAUAAGGACUUUGUAUCAAGAUAUUUUGCAUUCUUUGACUGUUCGCAUCAUGGAAAUUGCCAGGAAUGUCUGCACAGUUCAUGGGGCUGCAAUUGGUGUAUUUUUGACAAUAAAUGUGUUCACCAAUCAUUACAAUGCCGUAAUAUAGAAAAUGCUGUAAGUAGUGUUGGUCAAUGCCCCCAUUUAAAAAACAAUCGUCCGGCGAUUCUUCUACCGGUGCGGGUGCCAAAAGAAAUUCGUUUAGAGAUAGAAAACUUACCAAAACCCAAAAGCGCUCACGCUGGAUUCUUAUGUACAAUCCAUAUUGAAGCUGCUCAGAUGCUAUUGCCUGCGCACAUUGAGUCGAACAAGAUUGUUGUUUGUGAAAAAACACCGUAUUUCUACGAGACUAAUACACAUGAAUACCAAGCCAGGGUUGUAAUUACAUGGAAUUUCCAGCACUACGUGGACACCGCAAAUGUUACAUUAUAUAAGUGCGACGUACUGGGCUCACAUCGUGAUCAUGCUGAUUGCAGCUUGUGUGUCACUCGUGAUCCAAAAUACCAAUGUGCUUGGUGCAGCAACUCAUGUGUAUAUAAUGAGACUUGCAUAUCAGACAGUGAUCGCUCUAUUAGCGGACGAUCAAAAACAACUAAAGAAAACGAGUGCCCUCUACCAAGGAUCGAUAUUAUUAAACCGUUAUCGGGACCUAUUGAGGGUGGUACCCUUAUUACAAUCGAAGGCAGUAAUUUGGGUAUUCGCGAAGAAGAUGUGCGUGGGAAAAUAUUUAUCGGGUCUGUGCCUUGUGAACUAGUCAACUACCAAAUAUCGGUAAAGAUCGAAUGCCGCACUGGAGCAGUGACGUAUGAAAUGUCAGCGCCUAUAAAGGUUGCCAAUGAUGCAGGGUAUACUGAAUCUAGUGUACAGUUUCAUUUUAAAAAUGUGUUGUUAACAGGAUUAUAUCCCACGAUUGGACCCAGGUCUGGAGGAACACAAUUGUCAUUAAUAGGAAAGUUUUUGAACAUUGGAUCAACAAUGCGUGCAUUUUUAGAUGAGUAUGAGUGUCAUAUAAAUGUUACACAGGCUUCGUCAUCUCAAGUAAGUUGUACUACAUCAGAGGCGACCCAGCCAGAACCAAUAAGGUCUCUGCACCUGGUUAUUGACGGUGCCAAUCGAACUUUAGAAUGUCAGAUCUCACCCGGAAGUAUUACCAACAAAAAUCCGACACGAAGUAAUUUUGGUACUUACCAAUUCCGUACGCCACCAAGGCAGCCCUGUUCUAUAUUUAACUAUACCCAGGACCCGCGCAUAAUGCAAAUCAAGCCUCUACGCAGUUUUGUAAGUGGUGGUCGCGUCCUGACCGUUCAUGGAAUAUAUCUUGAUUCAAUUCAAAAACCUGAACUUGAGGUUUUUUUUGAUAAUGAAAGAGUAAACAAAACGUCUUGCGUAGUAAUCAAUUCAAAUCAAAUGGAAUGCCCAUCUCCUCCAGUAAAUAAUAAAUUUCAAGCCUUUAAAAGUUCAAACAGAGUGAUGGAUUCGGAAUUCGACUUCAAAAAUUCUUCUCAUUUAACUGAAAGUGGGCUUCAAAAUGAAUUUAUUAGGCAAAAGCGAAGAGCGGACUUCGUAGACAACUUUCACAUAUACACAACAGGGGGAACUGCGCCCAGCUAUUUCGUCAAUAAUAACAUGGAUGUUACAACUUUUGUAAAAGUCCAUGAAACGCAACUGAACUUACAACUUAGUUUUGUAAUGGACAAUGUACAGCUUGUUCGAGACUUAAAUAAAUAUUUUCAUGAUAUUAGGAGCACUAUUGUUUAUUUAGCUGAUCCCAAGUAUUUACCAUUUCCAAACGACGGCAUUAAACUAUACAAGGGUGACAGCUUGGUUAUUGAAGGUGAGCUACUAAAUUUGGCAGCUGACGAAUACGACGUUAAUGUAACCAUUGGUACCACUCAAUGCAAUAUUACCAGUCUAGCACUAACUCAACUUUUAUGCAUUCCACCGGAGCAUCAACCACUCCCAACUGAUGAAAAUGGUGUGGAUCAAUCAACAGAUUUACCUCUAGUUGUGGUUAAAGUAGGACGAAAUCUGCGUUUCGUCAUAGGAUAUCUGAAGUAUGAUUUAAAUAAACCCUAUGUUUUUUCUCAUGCCCUGUUUGUCGUUAUGUUGACGGUGGCAGUACUUGUCAUUGUUCUGGUUAUCGUUCUGAUAAUAUUCAGGAGGAAAUCGACACAAGCAGAACGUGAAUACAAACGCAUUCAGAUACAGAUGAUUACAUUGGAAAGCAACGUCCGUUCUGAGUGUAAACAGGCAUUUGCUGAACUACAAACGGACAUGACCGAUCUAACAGCUGAUUUGGAGAGCACCGGUAUACCAACGUUAGAUCACGUCAACUAUAUUAUGAAAGUGUUUUUUCCCGGUGUAUCAGAUCAUCCUAUUCUAAAUUCUCCAAAAUUUCGUGGAAGUAGCCCGCACACUAACUAUGAUGCAGCUAUGAUACAAUUUGAGCAACUUAUUGGUAACAAGUAUUUUUUACUAAUGUUCAUAGAAACUUUAGAAGCUCAAAGGUCGUCUUUCUCAAUACGCGAUCGAGUUAACGUAGCCUCAUUACUUAUGGUUGUUCUAAUGAAUAAAAUGGAAUAUGCAACGGAAAUUUUAAAGUCCCUUUUAUUGCGAUUAAUUGACAAAUCGCUCGCCAGCAAACAUCCUCAGCUAAUGCUUCGACGCACUGAGAGCGUAGUUGAAAAAAUGUUGACUAACUACUUAGCAAUUUGUAUGUACGACUACCUAAAAGAAUAUGCUGGAUCCAAUUUAUUUUUGCUGUUCAAGGCAAUUAAGCAUCAAAUUGAAAAGGGUUUGGUGGACGCAAUAACAAACGAUGCUCGCUAUUCACUUUCAGAAGAACGGCUUCUCCACGAACAAGUUACCCAUUCUGUUGUAAUAUUGCACAUUUUACAAGAUGAUCUUGAUGAAAAAGUCCAAUGUCGUGUGAACGACUGGGAUACCAUAUCCCAAGUUAAGUUAAAAAUCCUCGACGCGAUUUUUAAAAAUACUCCGUUUUCUAUGAGACCAUCUGUACACGAAGUUGACUUAGAAUGGAGGCAUGGAAGAGGAGGUCAUCUCACAUUACAAGAUGAAGACCUAACUACAAAAACAAUUAAUGGAUGGAAACGCCUCAACACAUUGGCCCAUUACGGAGUAAAAGAAUCGGCUGUGAUGUCACUUAUAGCAAGGCAAAAUGAUAACUACCAUAUACCGUAUGGCAAAAACCAAAAUCCGGCACCUUACCACAAUUUUUAUUUUAUAAAUAAUUCGCAAAGCCAUAUUAUAAUUAAUAAUGACAUCGAGUCAGGAUUGCAGCAACCUCGACUUUACCAUCUUAUCAAGCCCAUUAUACCUGAUCAUUAUAUGAACAUUAAAAACUCUGCCUUAUCUGGAGCUUCACCAGCAAUGCAAUCAUCGCAUUGCGUAAAUAAUUGUAAUGAGAGGGUAAACAAAACGAUACCAGAGGUCUACUUAACACGUCUUUUGGCCACUAAGGGAACUAUUCAAAAAUUUGUUGACGAUUUCUUUUCAAUUAUUUUAACCGUAAAUGAGGAGUUACCACCUGCAGUGAAAUGGCUUUUUGAUUUACUAGAUGAAGCUGCGCGACGUCAUGACAUUGCUGAUACGGAUAUUGUACAUGCUUGGAAAUCAAAUUGUUUGCCCCUUCGAUUCUGGGUUAAUUUUAUAAAGAAUCCAGAUUUUAUAUUUGACGUAAAUAAAACGUAUUGUGUGGAUUCUUGUUUGAGUGUCAUUGCGCAAACUUUUAUGGAUGCCUGCUCAACUUCGGAGCAUAGACUUGGAAAAGAUUCUCCGUCGAAUAAGUUGUUAUUUGCAAAAGAUAUUCCAAACUAUAGAAUUAUGGUUAAGGAAUUUUACCGAGAUGUGUCAAGGCUUCCACAAAUAAGCGACCAGGAAAUGAGUACAGCAAUGCAACAACUAUCAGUAAGGCAGAAUGAUGAAUUUGACACCAUUUCCGCGUUAAAAGAGUUAUAUAUUUAUAUAACAAAAUAUAAGGAUCAGAUUAUGGAAGCACUCGAAAACGAUAUAAAUUGCCGGAAGAUGCAACUUUCUCGUAAAUUAGAAAAUGUUGGUGUUACACUUGACGGUGACGGAACAUCUAAUUGCUGACACACAUAUGAUUUUUUAGGAAUGGUUUUUACUAUAAAAAACAUUAACAUUUACUUUCCAUUUUUUCUUUUAGCGAGAAUAAUAUUAAUUUAUUGCUAAUUGUCAAAAUUUAACUUUAAGAAAGAGAACAUACAAGUACAAGAAGCAGGCUUUGUAAUAUAAGAACAAUACCCAAUCGCUUUUAUAACGAAGAGAAAAUACACAACAUUUUUGUUAAAAUACUUAAAAUGAUUUAUUUUCGUAAAUACUUACUUACUAUUAUGACAACACAAUAUGUGCAGCCUUAAAUUCGAAAGUCGUGAUAACAUUUUGCGAUAGUUUAGUAUGAGAAUUAUUAAAAUUAGUAAUAGUCUACUUUAAACACAAAAUAUUGAUUUCCAAUUUUCGUAAUUUUUUUUUAAGUGGACAAUGUUAUGUUGGUAUUUUUUAAUGAUCUUUCAAGAAAAAUGCGGAAAUUAUUGGUUAAACACGCUCAAAUGUGAAGACCUACACCACCCACUCAUGCUUCCAAUUACCAUAUAUUUUAAGUGACGCAACAUUAUCAAAAAAAUGAAAAAUAGUUAGCAACGGCCAAUAGAGCGACCAAGACUCAAGAACUUUCAAGUCUAAAAAAAUUUUAAAGUAUUAUUUCUUUGCCAGAAGUUCGACCAUAAUUAAAAAUCGAAUUUUGGUAAAUUGUAUAUAGCAAAAUUAGUGUAUUUGCGAACGUGUUGUGCAUUUUGCCUUCGUGUUACUAACGUUUGUAAAAUUUUUCAGCGAGUAAAGAACUGAUCAAUGUAUCUUUAUCAUAAUUAGUUCUGUAUUCAAAUUAAGCUCUUAAAUGUUUAUAAAUAUAUGUAUUUAUAUUGUAUAUAAUAAGUUCUUAAAAAAA